AUGAUUGGUUUGAAAAAUACUCUAACAGCUGCUCAUGCCUGCUCAUGGGUGAAGCAUAUAAAGGGCCAGGAGGGGUUGUUGAUGAGACAAUCAGUCAAUCAGCACUCCUGCCUUAUUCUCCAACUCCAACCUGGAAAAAAUGACAAUCUUAAUUACUUAAUCAGGAUGGAGCAUCCCAGACAAAACAAAAUCUUGGUAAGUUCACUUAUUCAAAAUCUUGAAGGAGAAGUGGCUUGGAUCAAAGGGCUUUGCUUGGAUUCGAGUUUCAUUGCUAUUGAGGCAUCUUUUGGAGUGGAGGAGUUCGUGUCAGAGUUCGGAGCAGCGGGAUCUUGUCCUUUCAGCCAGCAGUUUCGAGGUUCUUCAGGAGACCGUGGCAAGGCGAAGGCGCGAUCGUACCGCUCCUCAUGA